AUGAUAUCAGAGGAUUGUGUUGAAAAACGCCAUGAACCACCCGGUUAUAAUUCUCGCUCCCUCAGCGUCGCCCAUACUGCAGCCGAUCUGGAGGUACUACGCGAAAUUGAAAAUGUUUACUUUUCCCCGCCCUCGGAGUUUGACGCCGCUCGGUACGUGUUGGAGCACGCACCUACACCCACCACCUGUGAAGCUGUAGAACUGAUGUUCACCAAGCUAAAGCGACAACAGCAGGUGGUCUCAGGCAAAGCACUUCAUCUCAUAUCGCAACAGAGAGAUAACUGCGAUCGGGAAUUUGCCGAAAUACAAAUCAUCCGCGAACAAUUAUCAAAAACGUUAGAAACGUGUCGAAAAGCGAGAGAACACUUAUGUACCGCAUCCAAUAAUCUAACCAUCUCCACCUUUGUUAUACUCGCUAACGUUAGAAAGAGACAAAUUAUCAAAUCAGUACUAAAAUCUCUGGAACUCUUACGCAGUUUGCGCAGCGUCGAGAAAGACGUCGCAGAACUGUUAAACAAAAAAGAGUAUUAUGAGGCGAUAGAAUUGAUACUCAAAAGUAGAAAAGCAGCCGCUAGUCAUAAGGAAUACACUUGCAUAGCAGAUCUCUCAUCAAGGCUCCAAGAUACACUAGACAUGACUGAGGAAAAACUAGAUUCAGUGUUGUCGAGCAUUUGCUACAACUUCGACGAAGAUGUCUUUAAGAAAUUAAAGAAAGCCUACGACCUGUUAGGGAAGACGCAAGCCGCAAUGGAACAGCUACAUAUGCAUUACUCCUCUGCAGUUAACGAAUCUGCGAUAGAAGCAGUCAAACCAUUUACAGGGGAAAUCUCUAUUGAGACAAAGUUCCAAGAAAUGUGCCUUGGGGUACCCCCGAAUAAAGCUCCAAAUUGCUUGCUGAAUUUAUGUGAAAAGUUGUUUAUGGUUAUGAGAAGUUACUAUUUACUAGUGGAUUGGCAUUCGAAACAUGAUGAGGAGGAAAAAGCACAAGCAUCAAGUAACGUUUUUGACAUAGAAAAGAAUGUAAGCAGGGAAUACAUUAGACAGAAACUAAAAGCGGGAUUAAUACGAAUCUGGCACGACGUUCAGGCGAAAGUGUCUACGUUUUUAAAGAAUUCUGGCCUAGAGGAGUAUCCUUUUGAAAAAUUCAUACAAAUGUUGGGUAUCUUGAGAAAGUUAACCCAGGUAGCUGAGAUUUUUUGUGGCGAUACCUCUGAUCUACUCCAGGACUUUAUUAAAACUCAAAGCGUUUCCUACAUAAAGAAUUAUCACAGAGGAAGGAUGGAGGAGCUAAAGCUGUUCUUAGAAAACGAGGGCUGGGAACAGUGUCCAGUGAAAUCAACUUUUAAUUUAUUAAACUUGCAAGAGUUUAAACAGUUCAAAAAAUACUUAAAUCCAUCGAAAGCGGACCAAUCAAUUGCGGUCAAGACCGGGUCUCAAUCAGACACUACAUCGUCAGUUCAUUCGCAAGAUGACAGUGUUUAUAUCGCUAGAUACUUUAAGUACAAAACAACACAGACACCUUUCGAGAUUUUUAGAGAUGAGAACGUAACAAACGACGAUAUAUUUGGCAUAGAAACAGAAUUAGAGCCUAGUGAUGACUCUGAAGACGAACCGGAUGAGCUUAAAAGAGAUUAUGUUGAUGAAACUGAUAGAGAUUCAAUUACAUUUGAUAAGCCCGCGAAAAGUCCGUCGAAAGUAAAGGAAAGUGUUAUAGUAACGAACACGACACUAUCUGUAUUAAGAAAUUGCGGCCAGUAUCUUCAGAUCAGUCGAUAUUUACCACAAAUUUCACUAGAAGUGAUAAUGCUAAUGAAUCAACUGUUCGAUUACUACUUCUAUGCCGUUCAUUUAUUUUUUACAACGGACUUAGAUGUAGCAUCCACGACGUUAUACAGCACAAAGCUAAGUGCCGCUCUAAAACGCAUUUCAAAUAAUAUUAAUUCGCCUGGAGAGGAAGAUGCGAAAAAUUUUGUAUGCCCAGAUUUGCCUCAGCAUUUGGAUAUGUCAUCUGAGGCGAAUUUGCAUGGACUGAGCGAGAGAAUAGUUGCUGUGGAAAGUGCUAUAUUUCUAGCGAAACAGUUUGAGCUGCUCCAGCCGUACUUAGAGACGAUUGUCGCGCAACAUCAGAAGAUGAUUCUAGAACACUUCAAGGACAAUACUUUAGCAGUGGCCGUCGAUUUACGAAUGCCGGUGUACAUGUGUUCCGCGUCAAAAGCUGUUGAUGCCAGAUCAGCGUUGAUAGCUAUGUCACAAGUUAGGUGGGACGUUAAGAACGUCGCCGUCGAGAACAGUCCCUACGUUGACAUGAUUAUUAGAAAGAUCCAAGUGUUCGCACUUCGUCUAGAAAACAUUGCCUCAAAAGUCUCGUUAAACUUGAAAGUGUUAAAUUCUAUAUGGUCAAUGGUUUCGAAAUUCAUUGUCCAUUUGCUUGUUGAAGGGUUUUCGAACGCAACAAAGUGUUCCAACGGCGGUCGAGGACUGAUGCAGCUCGAUUACAGACAGCUUUUUGUUAAAUUGGAGAAGAUUUCGGGACUCAAACCCAUUCCAUACCAAGACUAUGUGGAUAGAUAUGUGAAAGCAUACUAUCUCCCGCGAAAUGAACUCGAAGAGUUCGUUUUAGAAAGAACUGAAUAUUCGAAUAAGCAUUUACUAGCAUUAGUUGCAUGUGCAUGUGAAAAUAAAAGAGAUAGACAAGCACUGACCGCUAUUAUUGAGAGUAGGGAAUCUUUGGCUUAA